CUAAAUUUCGCUUGGCGCUGCUCUCUUCAAAGGAUAAAAUCAUGCAGAUGGAUGGUUUCGCCCCCGGAUAUCAUCCAUCAUCACAACAGUAACGAUGGAAUCGCAAAAGAUUCCAAGCCAGGGCGACGAUGCGGACAUGACUGUGUCUCACGGAAGCGGGAAAGAAACAUACCGCCUGCGAUCCUAUCAGGCUGAAAUGGUAGCGGAAAGUCUCAAAAUGAACAUCAUUGUGGUCAUGGACACGGGGAGCGGCAAGACCCACAUAGCUCUUGCGCGCACGGCUGCAGAACUGGAGACGUGCGAUCCUACAAAUCUGGUUUGGUUCCUAUCGCCCACGUUGGCUUUAUGCGAACAGCAAUCAAACGUAUUCGAAUCAUUGCUUCCAGCGUUCAAGGUCCAAGAUUUAGCCAACAGCAAAGGCAUCGAGCAUUGGAGUGAUCAACGCACAUGGGAUGGGAUUCUCGAACAUGUUCGGAUCGCAGUCUCCACGCCCCAAAUUCUCCUUGAUGCACUCUAUCACGGUUUUGUUCAGAUGAAGCGACUAGCAUUGAUCAUCUUUGAUGAGGCACAUCAUUGUACCCAAAACCAUCCUGCCAACAAAAUACUCCAGAAUUUCUACAUUCCCCUGUCCAGAAACAAGCAUGCCUCCGGACAGCUUCCCAGGAUUCUGGGUCUUAGCGCAUCGCCGGUCAUGAAGGCGAAAGCCACCGGCGUGGACCUCCAGAAUAUCGAAAGAAACAUGAAUGCCACAGCAAAGACUCCAAAGGUUACCCGAUCAGACUUGCUACGCUUCGUACAUCGGCCAGAGUUACAUCGCGUCGACUACCAAUUAAUGACUUCGUCGCUGCCCCCUUUCCUGAUCGCUUUGCAAAACGAGUACGCGACUUACGAUAUAGAAAAGGAUCCAUACGUUAUCGAUUUACUGACCAAGCACCAUCAAGGCCAUAACACGGAAAAACAGCUGAAAAAAGUAUUCCACACGCAUAAGACCUAUUGCCUUGAUCAGCUAAAAACCCUUCUAUCCAAAACGGUUGCUACUUAUGAGGAGCUUGGGGCAUCUAUUGCGGAAUGGUAUCUACGUCGAUGUAUUUCCGACUUCGAUAGGAUGUGGAGAAUGGAUCAUGAGCUUUCGGGCUUGAACCAAGAAAAACAACAUCUUGCGACCAUUUUUCAGCGGCUGCCGUUGGCCAAAGAUGGCUGGUCCCCGGGAGAUAUUAUAAAUAGUUUAUCUCCGAAAGUAGAGGCACUGAUUGAUGUCCUUGUCGAGGAGACACAUCCCGAGCUAACAGGCCUGAUUUUCGUCGAGCAACGCGUGUGGGUUGCAGCGCUAUUAGAGGUAUUGACGAUACAUCCAAAGAUUCAGGGCAAACUUACAUCCGCUACCUUCAUGGGAUCUUCGCAAUCCACGAAAAGAAAAACAUACAUUGCGAAUGCUCCAGAACCUCGCAAUCAACGGGAAACUCUAGAUAGUUUUCGCGCUGGGGAGACGAACUUGAUCUUAGCUACCAGCGUAUUGGAAGAAGGCAUUGACGUAUCAAGCUGUCACCUUGUCAUAUGCUUUGAACAGCCCAAGAAUCUCAAGUCUUUCAUACAGCGCCGCGGAAGAGCUAGGAAACAGCAGUCAAAAUACUACAUAUUUGUGCCGCACGACCCAAGGAGUAUGAAGAGUGUAGGGAAAUGGGUAUCGAUGGAGGAGGAGAUGAAGAAGGCUUAUCUGGAUGACAAGCGUCAUAUUGAGGCUGCGACAGAAAGAGAGUUGAUAGAAGAGACGAGUGAUCGUGUGUAUUACAUUGAAAGUACAGAGGCGCUUUUAAACUUCGAUAAUGCCUCGCAACAUCUUCAUCACUUCUGCUCCACCGUUACCUCCAAGGAAUACGUGGAUACGAGACCACAAUUCGACGUGAACGAGGUAGCAGGGAGCGGCAUAAGCGCCACUGUGACCCUACCGCUUUCAGUAGACGCUGCUGUUCGAUCAGCAAAGAGUCUCCAAUACUGGCAAACAGAGCGUAUGGCAAUGAAAGAUGCUUGUUUUCAAGCAUACGUAAACCUACAUAAAGCUGGGUUAGUCAACGAUAACCUACUCCCUGACAAGGAAGAAGCAGAUGAUGAAGCCGAGAGCUUUCAGAUUCCGGAUAACACACCGGCGCUCGUGGAGGUCAUGUGUGCCCUUAAUCCAUGGCUUGAAGCCAUUAAUCACGUACAUCGACCUGUCGUGCUAUAUCGGACUCUUCUGGAAAUCAGAGUGCCUCAUAAAACACCACACUACAUGCAACUCCUGACCCCGAUUGAAUUACCCAAGAUACCGGAUCUGAAUCUCCAUUGGAACGAGACAACACAGUGCUCUAUCGCUUACACGACGUUGGGCUGUACUAGUGUCAGCGAAGAAUACAUCAGUGCCCUAUGUGACAACACUCAGAAGAUUCUGCAAACCGUAUUCCAUAGCCGAAUGCGGACAGGGCUCAAGGACUUUCUUUGGCUACUUGCUCCGAGCGAUUCAUCAGGUACUCCAUCGAGUCUAGACGAGCUUGUAGCAUGGAACCGCAUCACAGAUGGCGCUCAGCUGGCGCCAGAAAAGAUCCAGCAAGGCGAUGUGGGCGUAUCCGAGUGGGGCGUACUUUCUUUGCAAAACGAUGGCCGGAGAUUCUUACCACACAGGAUCCUUCCUUCGACACAAGAUACCACAGAAUCGAUUGUACAAGGAAUUCGUUUACCCAAGCGGAGAGACUUUCUUCACCCGAUGGUUGGACAGGGUCAACAGAAUGACGCUUACAGCGCAGUAGAAGAUUUCGUCGGCGCAGAAUCCUUAGUGGUAUCAAACUUACCUGCCAAGUACACAGUCUUUGCUUUGUUUACUCCAUCAAUCAUGCACACCACUGAAAUUUACAUGAUCGCCGAUACGCUCCGUACUUCGCUUCUUAAGUCUAUUCAAUUACCGCCAGAUCAACUUCCCCUCAUCCUUCGAGCUCUGACCGCGUCGUCUACCGGCGAACAAUCCAAUUAUCAACGGCUCGAAUUCCUGGGAGACUGCAUACUCAAGUAUGUCGCCUCCGUUCACUUGAUGGCCGAAUACCUCAAUGCCCCGGAAAGCUAUCUUACUGGAAAGAAAGGCAAGAUCGUCUCGAACGGUUUCGCUGCACGCUCAGCCAUUGCUAUCGGCCUCGACCGAUUCAUCCUCACCAAGCGCUUUACAGGGGCUAAAUGGGGACCUCCCUACAUCUCCGACCUCCUCCAAAAACAAGAAGAGAAACGCACGCUCUCUUCUAAAGUCCUCGCCGAUGUAGUCGAGUCUCUGAUAGGAGCUUCGUAUGUGUUUGGCGGCUUCCCAACAGCUUUUGCUUGCAUCCAGUCAUUGCUUCCAUCUGAAUCGUGGACACCGCUUGCGGAAGCCAAUAUGAAGCUUCAUGAUGCCGUCCCCUCUGGUAUUACCAUCACCAGCCUCGCGAAUCUAGAACAAAUGGUCGGAUAUACUUUUAACAAGAAAAUACUUCUCUUGCAGGCUCUCACGCACCCCGAUUACCACGGACCCAUUGAGAGUGGGACAUAUGAACGAUUGGAAUUCCUCGGCGAUGCAGUACUGGACUACACAAUAUCCACCCGUCUCCACGCACACAACCCACCACUCUCCCACGACAAAAUGCACGGGAUCCGCACCGCAAUGGCAAACGCCUCCUUCCUCGCCUUCCGCAUGUUCGAAACCCACGUCCCCACUCCCCCCACCACAUCCUCCUCCUCAUCGUCAUCAUCUCCAUCGCGCCCUCUAACACUAGCCCACCACCUGCGCUUCACCUCCCCGCUGAUCUCGGCUGCCUUGUCAGCCUCAUACACCUCCCACGCCUCCGUCCGCCCCGCUAUCCUCUACGCCCUCACACACUCCAAGAAGUUCCCCUGGCACCUGCUUAGUCUGACGGAUGCGCCCAAGUUCCUCUCCGAUGUCGUCGAGAGCGUGAUUGGCGCCAUAUAUGUCGACAGCGGCGGCGAUAUAGACGCCUGCGAGACUUUUGUUAGACGGUUGGGGAUCUUGGAGGCCUUGGAACGGAUUCUGGAUAAGGGCGUCGAUUGCUUGCAUCCGAAGGAGCGGGUGGGGCAUUUGGCCGGGGAGAGGGAUGUUAGGUAUGUGAGAGUUGUUGGAGGGGAUAAGAAGGAGGAGGGGAAGAGGGACGGCGACGCGAGCGGUGAUGCUGGUGGUAGGUAUAGGGUACAGGUGAAGAUUGGGGGUGUGGACGUUGGGGAUGUAGUGGAAGGCGUGAAGAGGCUGAAUGCCGAGACUAUGGCGGCGUGGAGGGCGAUUGGGAUUCUUGAGGCUGCGGGUGAUGGUGGUGGUGGAGGGGGUCAGUCGAAGCGUGCGCGUGAAGAUGAUGAGGAGGAGGAGGAGGUGGGGGAUGGUGGUGUUGAAGAGUGGUUUGAUGCUGAGGAAGAUUUGGGUCAGGAUGCCAUGUCUUGA